AUGAUACUUCUCAAGCUUUUGAAACAAGCCAUCUCUAUUUAUAUCGUUUUGGUGUCAUUAUUCUUCUCGUUUAGCACUGGGAAUACCAAUACAUGUGAAGGUGAUAAUGUGAAAGAUUUGAAAACGGACUGCACUAUCAUUACAAAGAAACCAUUGAUUAUUGAUAAACAGGUCACUGAAAGAAAGCUAGAAUCAAAACUGAAACAUAUCGAGAAGAUUGAAGCUGGACUAGUUAUUGCAGGAACUAGUAUUUCUAACAUAAGUUUUCCCAGUAUCAAAGAGAUUCGAAACAAUGCAGGACCAGCAAUUUAUUUUGAUGGGAACUCACAUCUUGGGCAUUUUCAUACACCCAAUUUGGAACAACUGUCUGGAAAACCGAAUGCACUACACUUUCGCAACGAUCAAUUUAUCAAAUCUGUUCUCAAUGGGAAGGAUGAGAAAUCGUUAGUUUCUUGA